AAUUAUCACAAUCUUUAAUCUGGAGACACUUGAAGAGCUAAACAUGUCCAAUUGCAGCAUUUCUUCAAUUCCUCUGGAUAUAACCGAGCCCAAACAUUUGAGAAAGCUUAACUUAUCCGGAAACCAGCUGACAGAGAUACCACUACCAGUAUGUAGACUCUUGACUUUGGAGGAACUCGAUCUAAAGAACAACAAAAUAACUACCGUCAGCCCACAUUUAAAAAGACUGUGCAACUUGAAAAAGCUAGACAUCUCCAGAAAUCCUUUAGAAGAAUUCCCAUUUACAAUAUUAGAGAUGAAAACAUUGGAAAAUCUUAAUUUGGCGAGUGCCAAUGUUACUACAAUCCCACAACAGAUAAACCAGUUUACAGACAUUAGUGAAAUAGACCUGUCUAAUAACCAGUUAGAGGAAUUUCCACUGUCACUGUUGGAGCUGGAAACACUCAAGGCGGUAAAGCUCUCUAACGCCAAUAUAACCACAGUGCCACCUAAGAUAACCAAACUUAAGAAUCUGAGGGAAUUGAACAUUUCCUGGAACCGGUUGGGAGAAUUUCCAACGUCGAUAUGUAAGCUGCUGACCCUGGAGACGCUUGACCUCUCCAAAAGCAACAUCACUACCGUGCACCCUGGGAUAAAACAACUUGAGAAUUUAAAGGAAUUGAACCUAUCUUUGAACCAGUUGAAAGUAUUUCCAAUGUCAGUGUGUAGGCUGGUAGCACUGGAGACCCUUGACCUCUCAAGAGCUAACUUCACGUCAGUGCCACCUCAAAUAGCACAACUAAAGAAUCUGAAGGAAUUGAACCUUUGCGGAAACCAGUUGAAAGAAUUUCCAAUGUCAAUUUGUAAGCUUGUGACACUAGAGACCCUUGACCUCUUAAAUAACAGCAUCACUACAGUGCCAACUCAGAUAGCACAACUUAAGAAUCUGAAGAAAUUGAUCCUGGGUGGGAACCAGUUGAAAGAAUUUCCAAUGUCAGUGUGUAAGCUGGUAGAACUGGAGACCCUUAACCUCUGGAGCAACAGCAUCACUACACUUCCGCCUCAGAUAACACAACUUAAGAAUCUGAAGGAAUUGAUCCUGUGUGGGAACCAUUUGAAAGAAUUUCCAAUGUCAUUGUGUAAGCUGGUGAAACGAGAGACCCUUAACCUCCGGAGCAACAGCUUCUCUACAGUGCCACCUCAGAUAACACAACUUAAGAAUCUGAAGAAGUUGCACCUGUCUGCGAAUCAGUUUACAGAAUUCCCAAUAUCAGUGUGUCAGCUGGUGACACUGGAGACCUUCGACCUCUCUCAAAGUAACAUCACUGCAGUGCCACCUCUGAUAACACAACUUAAGAAUCUGAAGGAAUUGGACCUGUCUGACAACCAGUUGAAAGAAUUCCCACUUCCAUUGUGUGAGCUGGUGAACAUGGAGAUCCUCAAACUUGAGUACAAUAGAAUCAGCCAAGUCCCACCAGGGAUUAAACAACUACAAAUGCUCACAUAUUGUUAUUUGGGUCACAAUAAAUUGGACCAGCUGCCCCCUGAUGUACGUCUCCUGUCUAAACUCAAGAAAUUUGGUUUGGAAAAAAAAACGAACUAA